UACAGCCCGCGGCACAAAUAAGAGAAAGUAAUGCAGUGCUACGCUCCUAUGGGGGAGGAAUCAUGAAGCACUUCGGGGUAGCCAGAUUGAAGGUCACAGUUGGCAAGACGGCGACUGAAGUCGACUUCUUCCUUGUAAAGAAGGGGCGCGCGAUUAUUGGUCUCGAAGCAAGCGAGCGCCUGGGGCUCUUCGUCAGGUCGGUUGAUGCAAUGACGACAAAGGGAACUACAGAGUUCAUGCAGGAAUACAACGACGUCUUCACCGGCACCGGAUGCCUUCAGCGGCUGCACAAAAUGGUGUUGCGACAAGACGCCGUACCGACGGUCCAGAUGGCUAGACGAGUACCCCUGGCGCUGCUGAAACCACUGCGGGCUGAACUCGACCGGAUGCUCAAGGCAGGCAUCAUUGCCAAGGUGGAAGAGCCAACAGACUGGGAAAGCAGUUCGUGCUGCCAGACCUGCUGUCGCGUGCCUCUGUAGGAAAACCGCAAAAGGAUGAAGCAGAAGAAGAC